AUGAAAAUGGUUGCACCUGUGACUGACUUUCAUGUCGUCAUGUUCCCUCUAAUGGCUCAAGGCCAUAUGGUACCCAUGGUGGAUAUUGCCCGAAUACUAGCCCUUCGUGGGGCCAUGGUGACAAUAUUCACCACUCCUCUUGUUGCCAAUCGAUUUAGACAAGUUAUUGAACGAGCAAACGAAUCCAAGCUCAUGAUCAAGUUACUUGAACUCCACCUCCAAUUAGCAGAAGUCGGUUUACCCGAAGGAUGCGAGAGCUUUGACACACUUCCCUCGUUUGAGUCUUCCAAUAAACUAUUCGCAGCUAUCAACUUGUUAGAACAACCAGCGGAAAAUCUUCUCCGGGAACUUUCUCCUCCUCCAUCUUGCAUAAUCUCAGACUUUUGUUUUCCCUGGACCGGAGACGUGGCUCAGAGGCUUAACAUUCCUCGCCUCGUGUUCCAUGGACCCGGAUGCUUCUGGCUCUUGUCCAUGCACGUUGUCUUAACUUCUAAAAUGUUAGACACGAUUGAAUCGAACUCAGAACGCUUUGUUCUGAGUGGCCUCCCUGACCGAGUUGAGUUCACUAAACCUCAGCUUACUGGUUCCUUCAAAGCCAGGACAGCAGACCAAAUGGAGUUCUGGAGUCGUGCUGCAGCAGCGGAAAAAACAGCAUACGGGAUCGUGGUUCACACUUUCGAGGAGUUAGAACCUGCGUACGUUAAGGAAUUAAAAAAGGCAAAAGAUGCCAAGAUAUGGUGUAUAGGCCCUGUUUCUCUAUGUAACAAAGAUAACACGGAUAUAGCAGAGAGAGGAAACAAGGCUACGAUCAACGAGCAUGACUGCUUGAAAUGGCUUGAUGCAAGGGAACCUGGGUCGGUGGUCUACGUUUGCUUGGGAAGUCUUACACGUGCUUCUACACAGCAGUCGAUCGAACUUGGGCUAGGACUAGAGUCCACGAACCAGCCCUUCAUAUGGUGCGUAAGAGACAAAACCGAAGAACUGGAGAAAUGGUUUUCAGAAGAAGGUUUUGAAGAAAGGGUGAGAGACCGAGGGUUGGUAGUCCAUGGUUGGGCACCACAAGUGUUGAUAUUGUCACAUCGAGCAGUUGGUGGUUUCUUGACACACUGUGGAUGGAAUUCUACUCUCGAAGCAGUCUGUGCAGGUGUGCAAAUGGUUACAUGGCCGCAUUUUGCUGACCAGUUUAUUAACGAAGCAUUCAUCGUAGAGAUUCUGAAGAUUGGGGUUAGGAUUGGUGUGGAUAUUCCUGUUCCUUUUGGGGAAGAAGAUAAGAUGGAAGUGUUGGUGAAGAAGGAAGACGUGAAGAGGGCUGUGGAGUGUUUAAUGGAUGAAGGCGAAGAAGGAAAAGAUCAGAGAAGGAAGAGGGCGAGUGAGCUUGCGGAAAUGGCGAAGAGAGCAAUGGAGGAAGGAGGAUCUUCUUAUGUCAACGUAUCAUCGUUGGUUCAGGAUCUAACAGAUAUGCAACUCAAAACCAGAUGA